AUCUGUGCCGGACCCGCUGACGUCACGGCGGUUCAUUUAUCACGCUGCUGGCUUCCUGCUGAGUCUCCACUCUGUCGGUUGUAGCAGUAGAUGCAGCUGCUCCGCCACGCAACAGACUCCCAAGUUCAAGAGACGACCACACGUCGACAUUUCGGGUGGAGUGGUGCUGAGGGGCUCAGUUAACAGGACUGCAGACAUCAUGGUGAACAUCCCAGAAUACUAUGUGGGGAAGACUGUGCUGAUCACUGGAGCAACAGGAUUCAUGGGCAAGGUGCUGCUGGAGAAGCUCCUGAGGUCCUGCCCAGGAGUCAAAUCUGUCUAUGUGAUGGUCCGGUCAAAAGCCGGUCAGAGCCCUCAGGCCCGCAUCGCUGACAUGAUCAACUGCAAGUUGUUUGAAAGAUUGCAAGACGAGCAGCCAGGCUUUGCCGAGAAGAUCGUAGCAGUGAACAGUGACCUCACACAGCCAGAGCUGGAUCUGAGUAAAGAGGAUCAGAGCAUCUUGGUUGAAAACAUUAACAUCGUUUUCCACUGUGCCGCUACCAUCCGAUUUAAUGAGCCACUCAAAGAUGCGAUGCAGCUGAAUGUCCUGGCCACCCAGAAGAUGGUGGCGUUGGCCCACAGGAUGAAGCACCUGGAGAUUUUCAUCCAUAUCUCCACAGCCUAUGCCAACUGUGACCGGGAGCUCAUUGAGGAAAUUGUUUACCCUCCCCCCGUAGAUUACCGCAGACUCAUUGACACCCUGGAUUGGAUGGAUGAUGAUCUGGUGUCUUCUCUGACUCCCAAACUGAUCGGGAAGCGUCCCAACACCUACACAUUCACCAAAGCCUUGGCAGAGUAUUUGGUGCAGCAGGAGGCUGGAGACCUUAACGUAGCCAUCAUCAGACCAUCCAUAGUAGGAGCAAGCUGGAAAGAGCCCUUCCCAGGUUGGAUUGAUAACUUCAAUGGACCUAGUGGAAUAUUCAUUGCAGCUGGUAAGGGGAUCCUGCGAACGAUGAGAGCAUCCAAUGAUGCUGUGGCUGACCUGGUGCCUGUGGACGUGGUGAUCAACGCCACACUGGCUGCAGCUUGGUACUCUGGGUCACAGUCAGUCAACAGGUCUAAAAACAUCCUGGUUUACAACUGCACAACCGGAGGGAUCAACCCGUUUCACUGGGGGGAAGUCGAGUACCAUGUAAUAUCCACAUUCAAGAGGAAUCCCCUUGAGCAGGCCUUCCGUCGGCCCAAUGUUAAUCUCACAUCCAAUCACCUAAUCAAUCAGUACUGGAUCGCCGUGAGCCACAAGGCUCCGGCCUUCCUCUAUGAUCUGUACCUCAGGCUGAUUGGACGAGAGCCCAGGAUGAUGAAGACAAUCACUCGUCUCCAUAAAGCCAUGAUGGUCCUGGAGUAUUUCACCAGUCACUCUUGGGUUUGGAACACUGACAACGUAGCCAUGCUAAUCUCUCAGAUGAACCCCGAGGAUAAGAAGGUGUUUAAUUUUGAUGUGCGUCAGCUGCACUGGGCAGAGUACAUGGAAAGUUACUGUAUGGGCACCAAAAAAUAUGUCCUCAAUGAAGAGCUGUCGGGCCUGCCAGCUGCACGCAAACACCUCAACAAGCUGAGGAACAUCCGCUAUACCUUCAACACCGUCCUGGUGGUGCUCAUCUGGCGUGUCUUCAUUGCCCGAUCCCAGAUGGCCAGAAACAUCUGGUACUUUGUGGUGAGCCUCUGCUUCAAAUUCCUCUCCUACUUCAGAGCUUCCUCCACCAUGAGAUAA